AUGGCAGAACACGAACAUGAAUUUGAAGGACAUGAAGAAGAAUUAGAAGUUCCUAAAGAUUCUCUAUGGAGAGAUGAACAUGCAAUGGAGAAAUCUGCUAACAUAGUUUAUUUUUUAACUCUGGGAAUUCUUUCUGGAUUGAUUUUAAGAGAAAUUAAUAAAAAAACAAAGUAAACUCUUAUCUUAUUGCAAAGAUUUCCAUAUUCUCCAAUGAUAUUAUCAUUAGGGAUAUUAAUAGGGUUGUUAUAGAAAAGUUUAGGUUACAUAGGUGAAAGUGCUAGCAUAUUGUCAAAAAUGCAUCCUCAUUUAAUAGUAUUUGUAUUUGUCCCAGUUUUAUUAUUUGAAUCAGCCUUUAAUUGUGAUUGGUAUACAUUUAAGUAUCAGAUGGUGAAUAUUCUAUUAUUGGCAGGUCCAGGAUGUGGUUGGGUAUUCUAUAUAUUUUCAACAUAGGGUGCAAUUCUAUUGGGAAGUGUAUUUAAAUUAGUCUUAUAAUAUGAUGAUAAUGAUAUGACAUGGUAUUAAGCAUUUACACUUGGUUCAGUACUGUCUGCAACAGAUCCAGUAGCUGUUGUGGCAUUACUUAAAGAAUUAGGUGCUAGUUUAGCUUUUAAUCAUUUAAUAGAAGGGUAUUAAAUUAAUGUAUUUAAGAGAAGCCUUACUUAAUGAUGGUGUUGCAAUGGUCUUUUUUAUAUUCUUUAAUAAGUUUUCAAAAGCUUAAAGUGGAAAAGGAGAAGCUGUUACUGCUAGUCAAGUAGCCAUAAAUUUCAUAAGAAACUCACUUGUUGGCCCAGGUUUAGGCUUUAUUUUAGGUAUUUUGGCUGCAAUAUGGACAAAAAGAAUUUUAGGAGACGAUAUAGAAGUUACAUGGUUGACCUUUGUAUUUACUUAUCUUACUUUUUAUUGGGCUGAAUUUUGCUUUUUUAAAACUAGUGGUUUAUUGGCAGUAGUAGGAUUAGGUUUGUUUUGGAGUGCUUUUGGUAAAACAAGGAUAAGAUCUUCUGUUGAACAUUCAGUUCAUACUGUUUGGGGUUUUGUCUAAUAUUCUUGUGAUACAUUAGUAUUUGUUUUAGUAGGAAUUAUUGUUGGUACAUAAGUAAUUGAAGAAACAUUUAUUCAUAAAUCAGAUUACAUUAGAAUGAUAGUUUUUUACUUUUUUAUGAUUCUAGCAAGGUUUAUUAUGAUUCUAACAUUUUGGCCAUUUUUAAGAUGUUUUGGUUAUCCUAUUUCUAAAUCUGAAUUUAUUGUGCUUGUUUAUGGUGGUUUAAGAGGAGCCUUAGGAUUAACGCUUUCUCUUAUGGUUGGUUGUGAUGAGUAAUUGCCUGCAAGAUUUAGACAUUUAUCUGUGUUUUAUGCUGCAGGGAUGGCUGCCAUUACUAAUCUAGUAAAUGGUACUACUUGUAAGGCUCUUGUUUAAUAUUUGGAAAUGAUUGAGAAUCCUGUUGUGAAAAAGAAAGUUUAUAAAAAGUAUUUAGAAGAGUUGAUUGUGAAUUCUUAAGAUAAAAUGAGAGAGUUGGAAUCAGAUCAAUUCUAUAGUAUGGCUGAUUGGAAUUAAGUAAAUUAACUUAUUGGAUAGCCUAAAUUUAUUGAAAAAAUAGAAAAAUUAGAAACAGAGAUAAAAUAUAUGGUUGGAAGCAAUAAAGUAGCAAUCAAUUCAUCAAAUUUAUAUGAAGGAUUAACUGAUUAAGAAAUUUUUGGAGAAGUAAGAUAUAGAAUCUAUAGAAUUCUUAAAGGAUUAUAUUAUGAUAAGUUUGAAUAUGGAUUAUGUGAAGAAGACACAGUGAGAUUAUUAGUAGAAUCAAGUGAUAUAGGUUUAGAUCAUACAAAAUCAAUUUUAAAUAUAUGGGAUUAAUUAAACAAGAACUUUUUGAACUUUAGUAGUGUGAAUUUUUUUUUCAAAGUCAAAGAAAUGCCAUUCAUAGGUUCAUUUGCAACAGAAUAUAUGAUAAAACAUUUAGGUUUUGUUUAUGAUGUUACUACUACAUUUUUAUCUUGUGCAAAUGAGGCUCUUCAUUUAGCAGAUAGUUUUCCUAUGGGUAAAGAUGCUGUAAGGCUUGUAAUGGAAGAAAUUUAAAGGGAAAUAGAUAAAGCUGAAGGAUAUUUAGGAAUUUUGAAUGAUACAUUCCCAGAAAUAGUAAGAGCCAUAUAAACAAAAAGAGCAUCGCAUUCUAUUUUAACUCAUUAAAGACAUUAUCUCGAUGAAACUUAAUAAAAUGGGCUUGUUGAUGAAAAGGAGUAUCAAUUAUUGAAGAAGGAAAUUAACACAAGAUUAGUUGAUUUAGAAAACCAUUAAUUUGAAAUUAUUUUACCCUCUUUUCAUGUUUUAGCUAUGGAAUUUCCUAUAUUUUCAGGACUUGUUUCAACAGAUCUAGAUAAUAUCAUUAAAAGUUCUUAUGAAAAAAAAUUUGGAUGUGAUGAGAUAAUUUAUGAAUAAGGAAUGACCUGUCAAAAUAUAUACAUUAUUAGUAAAGGAAAUGUGGUUGAUGAAUUUGAAGGAGGUUCAAUUAAAAAGGGUUUAGGGUCACUUAUAACUUAUACUAAUUUAAUUGGAGAUGGUACUUGUAUGAGUACAGCAAAAGCAACUGCUGAAUCUCUGCUUUACUCAUUAAAUUUAAAGAUUCUUAAAGAACUUAUGCAAAAGAAUCCAGAAUUCGAAUUUAAAAUUUAUAUCAAUUCUAUAGGUAAUUCCAAAUUUUAUGCUAGAAUAUUUAAGAAAAAUGUUUGAAAAUUAAGCAGGUCCAUUAGCCAAUUUAGAAUUAAAAAGACUAUUAGAUUUUUUUAGAACAAAAAGUAAGCUAAAAAAAUUAAAUAUAAAUCAAAAAUGUGAUUUUAUUUUUGGAGGUUACUUGUUUAGAGGAGAAUUGAAAGAUAUUGAAAAUAAGAUUUACUCUCAAUAUUCGUAACUCUAAUUUUUAAUAAAUUAAUAGGUAUAUUCCUCCUUAAGAAACAGAAUGUCUAGCAACUAAAGAUAGCAUUUGCUUGAUUUUCGAUGAUUAAGUGGACACAUUAAAAACUGAAAUGCUUAAACAAUUAGAUUUGGAUCCUUAUAAAGAUUAAUAGAUUUAAGAAAGAUAUUCCUAAAUUAAGCGUACUUCACUACAAGAUAAAAAAUUACAUCAUUGA